GCGGCCAUCAGUGCAUGCGCCCCGCCAUGGCGUCGCUGCCCUCCUCCUCCUACCUCGUCGCCGGCUUGCUUGGCCGCCCCGGCGCUGCCAAGGCCAUGGCGCGCACCGACGCCGCGCCCGCGGAUGCGGCCACCGCGGGCAGCAGCGGGGGGCCGGGCAGUGGCGAGGGCGGGCAGUGGUACUUCAGCCGCGAGCACAUUGAGAAGCACUCGCCGUCGCGUGCCGAUGGCAUUGACUUGCGGCGUGAGACGUAUCUGCGCCGCUCCUACUGCACCUUCCUGCAGGACCUCGGCAUGCGCCUCCGCGUGUACGCCCUCACCCCCCACCCCACCCCCGCGCCUCACGCCCUUCCCCCGCGCCUCGUGCCCUUCCACCGCGCCUCAUGCCCUUCCCCCGCGCCUCAUGCCCUUCCCCCGCGCCUCAUUCCCUUUCCCCGCGCCUCAUGCCCUUCCACCGCGCCUCAUGCCCUUCCCCCGCGCCUCGUGCCCUUCCACCGCGCCUCAUGCCCUUCCCCCGCGCCUCAUGCCCUUCCCCCGCGCCUCAUGCCCUUCCCCCGCGCCUCAUGCCCUUCCACCGCGCCUCAUGCCCUUCCCCCGCGCCUCGUGCCCUUCCACCGCGCCUCAUGCCCUUCCCCCGCGCCUCAUGCCCUUCCACCGCGCCUCAUGCCCUUCCCCCGCCCCUCACGCCGUUCCCCCGCGCCUCAUGCCCUUCCCCCGCCCCUCAUGCCAUUCCCCCGCGCCUCAACCGCCGCAGAUAACGAUAGCGACGGCCAUCGUGUUCUGUCAUCGCUUCUUCAUGCGCCAGUCGCACGCCAAGAACGACCGCUAUGCGAUAGCGACGGUGUGCAUGUUCCUGGCGGGCAAGGUGGAGGAGACGCCGCGCGCGCUCAGGGAGGUGGUGCAGAAGAGCCUCGACGCGCAGGCCCGCAAGGACCCCGCCGCCGCUGCCAAGCUGCCCCACAAGGAGGAGCAGCAGAGGGAGGUGGUGCUGGUGGGCGAGGGGCUCGUGCUGGCCACGCUGGGGUUCGACCUCAACGUGGCGCACGCGUACAAGCCGCUGGUGGCCGCCGUCAAGCGCUUCAAGGUCGCCCAGCAGGCCCUCGCCCAGGUCGCCUGGAACUUCAUCAACGACGGGCUGCGCACGUCGCUGUGUCUGCAGGUGCGAGCGGAGCAGUUCGCGGCGGGCGCCAUCAGCCUGGCGGCCAAGUUCCUGCGAGUGAAGCUGCCGGGCGACAGCGACUCGCCCUGGUGGGCUGACUUCAACGUCACCCCCAAACUGCUCCACGACGUGAGUGUGCAGCUGUUGGAGCUGUACGAGCAGGUGCGCCUCGCCCCCAACCCCUCCCACGUCGCCUCCACUGCCAUCGCUCCCUCCGCUGCUGCUGCCGCCCGUGGCACCUCCCGUGGGGCCGCGUCCUCCCUCUCCUCGCAACCCCCCCUGCCAUCCGCCACCACCACCAGCAGCAGUGCGCCCUCGCAGGGGAGGGCGUCUGCUGGCGGCUUCAGUGACUCGCGUGGCGCCGCUGCUGCCGGCGGGGCUGUGGGCGCGCAGGGGGCGAGGAGGCACAGUGAUGGGGAGAGGGAGCGAGACGUGGAGAGAGGCGGGCAGCGGGAGAGUGAUCGCAGGAGGGAGCGGGAGGCGGUGAAGGGCAGGGAUGGGAGGGCGGGUGGUAGCGUGGGAGGUGAGGGUGGCUGUCAUGCUUUUAUACUUAGUAUAGAUAUAAUAAGAUAG